AUGAAGAACUUGGCGGCAACUCUUCAAAUGGCUUCCUGCUCUACCUUCAACCUUUCACCAAGUUCAAAACCCACAAAACCCUUACCCCAUUAUCUCCUAAAACCACUGAUUCACGAACCUGAAACCGAGACCCGAACCCAAAUCCAAACCCCUUACCCAAAGCUCAUAAUCAAUGGUCCUUCCAAGCUCUCCGGCCAUGUACCCAUCAGCGGCUCCAAGAACUCAGCUUUACCCAUUCUUGCAGCGACCCUUUGCUGCUCAGGCACUUCAAAGAUUCACAAUGUGCCCAAUUUGUUCGAUACCCGCACAAUGGCUUCGGUUUUAGCUUCUCUUGGAGCCAAAGUUGAAGUCUUUAAUAAUGAAAUAUUGGUUAACACUGAUGGGGUUGACUCAGUUGAGCCUAAAUCGGAUGAAAUUCGUAAGAUAAGAGGUGGGUUUUUCGUCAUUGGCCCUUUGGUAGCCCGAUUCGGCGAGGCUGUGGUGGCAUUGCCCGGUGGCUGCAAUAUCGGGACUCGACCAGUGGACCUGUACAUUAGAGGUCUUCAAGCUCUUGGUGCUGUUGUUGAGUUGAGGGAUGGGAAAGUUAAGGCAUAUGCUGCAAAUGGAAGAGGAUUAGUUGGAGGAAGUUUCCAACUUGAUUACGCAAGUGUUGGGGCAACAGAAACUCUUAUGAUGGCUGCAUGUAUGGCUGAUGGAAUGACUGUACUAUACAAUGUUGCCAGAGAACCAGAGGUGGUGGAUCUUGCUCGGUUUCUUAAUGACAGUGGGGCCUGUGUGGAAGGAGCAGGAAGUAACCAGCUUGUUAUCAAAGGGAAACCCCUGUUGCAUGGUUCUGAAUGUGUUAUUGCUGCUGAUCGUAUUGAAGCAGGCACAUUUAUGCUUGCUGCAGCUAUUACUCGCUCGUGCAUCUCAAUAUCACCUGUCAUACCUUGCCAAAUGUCCUGUUUAAUACACAAACUCUCGGCUGCUGGUUGCAAAAUCAGGCAAUACUCUCAUGAUACCUUGGAAGUUUCAGCAGUUUCUAGAUGUGGGGGUGAAAAUUUGCAAAGCUUUGAGGUUAAGACAGGCCCAUAUCCUGGGUUUCCUACAGAUCUUCAACCGCAAAUAAUGGCUCUGCUGACCACGUGCAAUGGUUUAAGUCCUGUAGAGGAAUCUGUAUUUGACAAACGCAUGGGUCAUGUAAGUGAACUGCUAAAGCUUGGAGCAAAAAUUCAGGUCUGUGCAAGCACUGCUCUGGUCUUUGGGAAAGAUAAUGGAAGUUUCUUGUCUGGUUCUUCCCUUGUUGCAAAUGACAUUAGGGGUGGGAUGUCACUGGUAUUAGCUGGAUUGGCCGCAGAAGGAACUACGGAUAUCAGUGGCGUUGCUCAUAUUGACCGUGGUUAUGAGAACUUAGAUAUGAAACUUCAUUCACUGGGAGCCGAUGUCAAAAGAUUAAUGCCUCUGGCUUCCUAAUUGGAAAAGUAAGAACCUUGUUCCCCAUUAUAAUUCUUUGCUCUUUCUAGCGCCUAUUGUGAUAAGUACAAAGAAUUUGUGCCAAAUUACUUUAGUAUAUUUCAGUUGCUGAGGGGGUGUACUUUAAAAAAAGGCUUAGAAUGUGUUAUUAGACAGGGCUACAUGCACAUCAGAUUGUAAGUGAUUCAGGUUAUAUAAGUAUUAUAAGUUCUUAGAGGGAUAAUGGUCAUGACAUAUGCUACGUAUUUCAGUUAUUCUAUUAAUUUAGAACUCAAGUAAUCUGCAUUUUUA